AUGGCUACGAAGGAGCAUGAUUUUACAAUCGACGGUCAAAAAUGCCAUUUUCAUGAUGAAAGUGAUAAGGGUAUUACUGCUGGUCAUUUUCAUACCUACGAUGAAUUUUGCGUAUCACACGAUCAACUACCACGAAAAAUACAUGUCUUUGUACCCAUUGAUUAUUUGACCAACAAUGAACAAAAACGAUAUCCCGUCAUUUAUAUGAAUGAUGGUCAAACGGUAUUUUGGAAUGGAGGUGUGGCGAAUAAAUCUUGGAAUGUAGGACAAAUGUUAUCCAAAAUACAUGACAAUAAUAAAUCUAAACAAGCGAUUGUUGUUGCCAUUCAUCCCAUUGAUCGUAAUCGAGAAUAUACACAUUCACAUUGGAUGUGAAACAUUUUAGGGUCAAAUCUCGGUGGAUUAGCAGCAUUUCAUAUGGCUCUUUCCCAUCCGUCGGUGUUUGGUAUUGCUAUUUGCAUGUCGCCUUCAUUUUGGGCUGGACUCGAUUUUUUACCCUUACCAAUCAUGACUAAAUAUUUUAAAUCAUUAGAAACAUCUGAUUUGAUUCGGAAAUACAAUGAUGUUUUACAAUCAAACCAUGUUCCAAUAUUAUACAUUGAUUGGGGUUUAACGACAGCAUGGGAGAUUCAUAAUUCACUCGUAGAACGCCUCGCUGCCAGUCGAUCGAAUGAAAUGGUUGAUUUAUUGACACAGAAAUAUGGUUUUAAACAAAUGGCCGUAGAAUCAGUCCAACAAAUCAAUGAUAAUGAAAAGAUUUUAUUGACAUGUAUUGAUCCAUAUGGUGGACACGAUGAAAUAUGGUGGGGCAAAAGACUUUUCACUAUUGUCAACGUUCUUUUUGAUCACAUUUGGAAAUUCCAAUAA